AUGGCAUCCUCGCUACGCCCGCUGUUCUCUCGUUGCCGAAGAUGGGACUCAAGCAGCCUCGCCGCACCCGACUCACUAGACCCUCGACUGAUCUCCAUCGACCUCUCCGGCCUCUCCGUGACACCGACAUCCACUCCGAAACCACUCACUCCUCACAAUGAACUCGUCUUCGGCCGGACGUUCACCGACCACAUGCUCAGCAUCGAAUGGACUACUCAGGACGGCUGGCAUCCACCGCGAAUAACUCCAUACCAAAACCUGAGCCUCGAUCCCGCUACCUGCGUCUUCCAUUAUGCGUUCGAGUGUUUUGAAGGCAUGAAAGCAUACAAGGACAAGUCUGGAGACGUGCGGUUAUUCCGCCCUGACAAGAACAUGGCACGCAUGAACAGGAGCUCUGCACGGAUCGCAUUACCCACAUUUGACAGCGAGGCCAUGAUCAGGUUGAUAGGGCAGUUCGUCAAGAUGGAGGAGCGGUUCAUUCCAUCAGAACGAGGUUACUCGCUGUACAUCCGUCCGACCAUGAUUGGCACGCAGCGAACACUUGGUGUUGGACCGCCUGGCUCGGCCCUACUCUACGUGAUCGCAUCUCCUGUGGGGCCAUACUACCCGACCGGUUUCAAGGCCAUUUCUCUCGAGGCCACCACCUACGCUGUACGCGCCUGGCCCGGCGGUGUAGGCAACGCCAAGCUUGGGGCCAACUAUGCUCCUUGUAUCGUGCCGCAGAUGCAGGCCGCGACGCGAGGACUACAUCAGAAUCUGUGGAUAUUCGAGGAGGUGGACCAGAAGACGGGAGAGAAGCUUGACUACCUCACAGAGGUCGGGACGAUGAACCUCUUUGUCGCCAUCAAGCACCAGGACGGCACGAAAGAACUUGUGACGGCACCGCUUGACGGAACCAUCUUGGAAGGCGUGACUCGCGAUUCUGUACUUGCACUUGCGCGAGAACGGCUGGAACCGCAGGGCUGGCAAGUGAAUGAGAGGAGGUGCACGAUGCAGGAGGUAUCAGCCGCAGCGGCGGAGGGGCGGUUGAUGGAGGUCUUUGGUGCCGGUACGGCGGCGGUCGUCAGUCCAGUGCGAGCGAUCAGCUGGCGAGAUCGGAUGAUUCCUUGUGGGUUGGCGGACAACGAGGAGGCAGGUCCGGUCGCGAGACAGAUGAAGGAUUGGAUUGAGGGUAUCCAGUACGGUGACGAGGAGCACUCGUGGAGUGUGCGGAUUGGGGAUGCCGCGGACCUCGAAGCCGCGAAGAUGUGA